CCAUGGCUGUCCAAAUUUUUUAUGGACUCCAAACCAAAUGCCAGAACAAGAACAAGCCUUUGAAUUAUGGUGGCAUUAGUUUGCCUGCUGAUACACAUUUGUUCAUCAAGGUCCUUGAUGCUAGGAUUUUUAAUCUUCUUGCUCGCUUAAUGGUGAUUUUGGCCUUGAUUAUUGUUUUACUUCCUUGGUCGGGAAUAGGAUCCAUUGUCAACAAAGAAUCUGCAGGCCCUGCUGAUGCAAUUAAGCCUAAAGUUGUCUCUGCUGAUCCUAUUAAUCUGGACCUUUUGCCAUUGCUCUUUCAUGAUUUGAACAGGGAAGGUAUUUUGAAACAGGGAGACAAAGGACUAAUGUUAAGCAAUGAUGAUGAAGAGGCCAUUCAUAGUUCUCUUUUCUUGAGGAAAAGUGAUAUGGAAUUCAGUUCUGUAUCUGAUUUGGAAAGACAAAGCUCAAUCCCUGAAGAGUCCUUUGACUUUACCUUCACGCAAAACUUCCAAGCAGCCUCAGAAUUCAUUGAUCGCACUCUCAAAGUUGGUGGCAUUGUUGCUGUUCAGCUGAGUGGAAGUUCCUCCUAUUCAUUCCACAAGCCAUCUAAUUACAGAGUCGUCUACUUCAGGAAAUUCCAGUCAAACGUUUUGGUAAUGAAAAAAAUUGAGAAUGCUAAACCAAUCUAUAGCACCCAGAGGCGGCUUUUUGGGUACACAUCAAAAGCAAAGAAAGCAGCAUUGAAGAACCUGGAAGAUGUUCUUCUUGAACCACCAAGAGCAUCUUCAGGGAGAUCAAAAACUUACCUGAAGCGAACCAAAUACUUACCGGACCUAUUGGGAGACACACUUGAAAGCUAUCCUCGUCGGGUGUUCAUUGAUGUAGGCUUGCCAGAGAAAGAAGGUGGUAGUGGCACAGAUUGGUUUGCCAAGAAUUACCCUACAAGGAAUCUGAAUUUUGAGAUGUACAAGAUUGAGACUCUGACCAAAGAGUCUUCAAGGAAGGAGUUGCCAAUUGUAGUGGAGAUUGGGAUGUCGGAUUGGCUCAGGAAGAAUGUGAAGGAGGCUGAGUAUGUGGUGAUGAAGGCAGAGGCUGAAGUGGUUGAAGAUAUGGUAAAGAGCAAGGCUAUUAGGUUGGUUGAUGAACUAUUUUUGGAAUGCAAGCCUGAAGGACAUGGUGGAAAAAAGAACAUGAGCAAAAGGGCUUACUGGGAAUGCUUGGCUUUGUAUGGGAAGCUAAGGGAUGAAGGUGUUGCAGUGCAUCAAUGGUGGGGUUGAGUAAGGUUUUAACAAGCAUAGAGAAACGUUUUUAAGGUGAGAGAGGUAUACCAUAAAAGUCAUGAAAACAAGAGAAAAAAGGUAGCUUUUUCUUUGUAUUUCAAGUUUGUUAAUUAUGUUUGAUGUAAUUGCCUAAAUGUGUGUGUGGUUUUGAUAUUUCAUCAAAUUAUUUUUGAAUAUGAUAAGAGUUUUUCGUUUUGUUAUGAAAUAAUUUCAAAGGUUGCUUCUUUCAUC